GCGAUUCUAAACCACUACGAUGGUCGGCAGCAACCGGACUGGCCCCGCGUCUCUCUAAACUCGGUGAUCUCGUGGCUGAGUACAAUCGCCAGCGCCGGUCUGAUGUUCGCCCUCACCAACUCCUUGGGGCAGUUGAAGUGGGUGUGGUUCGCUCGCCAGAUGAAGCGGCUGUCCGAUCUGAAGCCGUUUGAUUCGGCCAGUCGCGGGGGAUUGGUUGGGAGUUUAGAGCUCCUGUGGCUUCUCAAAGGCCGUCACUUCGCCGUGCUCGGUAGUCUUACUGUGAUACUCGCGAUCGGAUUCAAUCCGUUCAUUCAGAACCUUCUUCAUUACGUGUCGAGCGCCAUUGAAUCACCCUCCCAAGUCUCUUUCCUCGGCGCCACAUCUCUAUAUAAUGUCGUUGGUCCGAUCAUCGCCGCAGACUGUAAGCGCAACCACUAUGUGGACCCCAUCCUCAAAGCCAACGUCUACAGUGCCCUCUUAAACAUCGAUUCCACCGCCCCUUGGGCCAUUCCCCAGUACACCUGCCCGACGGGAAACUGCACCUGGGACCCAAUAUCCAACCUGGCCAUGCGGGCCCUCUGCUCCGACGUCACGUCGCAUCUCAAUCGCACAUGCACGGCCAUCACCGCAGACAUGCAGAACUGCACGGUGCAACUGGGGGGCAACGGGCCCACGGCCUGGUACCGCGAAGGCGGAUCCACCUCGCAACCCAUGGCGAUGGCCGCCAUCACCGGCACCGAGAGCCUAGUGUACACGAACAGCACCUUCCCGGUGAUCCAAUACGUGCUCGCUGCCGGAUCCAACAACAACUCCCAAGCCACCUGGGAGAUCGCGACCAGCAUCGACAACAGCACCCGGUUCCUCGCCACGGAGUGCGCGCUCGAGCCGAUCGUCCGAACCGUCCGCGCCGCCGUCUCAUCCGGCACUUACAAGGAAACUGUCGUGGCCGACUGGAUCCCCUACUACUACCCCAACGACUCCGCCACCUUCGAGUUCGCACUGACCCCGUCGAGCGGGAACACGACAUUCGGGAUGGGCUACGAGGCCUGGUCCUCGCUCAUGACCUUCGUCUCGACACUGUUCACCGGAUCCGUGACAGCCUCCGCCGGGACCUUCGGUUUCUCUUCUGGGUCCUCCUCCUCCUACGCGGUCACAGAUACAAUCGAGGCAAUCUUCUACGGCAACUUCAGCACCACCGCCGCCUCCCCGGCGAUCAUGAGCUAUAACGCCCGCAACCAGUGCAUCGACCAGCUCAGCUGCGCCGUGACGAACGUCGCCGCCGCGAUGUCCAAGACCAUUCGGGACGCCGUGCUCACGGGCAGCAGUGGUCGAACUGGUAACCUCACUAUCGGCCACACAAUGGUAAUGGUCCCGUUCGUCGCGGUGCACUGGGAGUGGAUCGCGCUUCCGGCAGUGGUGUGGCUGCUGAGCUGUGCGGUCUGGCUCGGGACGGCGGUCCAGACGCGGCGGCUGCAUCUGUAUACGUGGGGGACGAAUCCGUUGCCUUUGCUAUUUCUGUAUCGGGCGACGGGG